CACGGAUGUAUUCAGAUCUCUAAAGCAACCCCAGGGGCGAUGUACGCAAUCUUUGAAUAUCUCACUUUUCCGCUUUUUUUAAUAGUUUCCAGAACCAACGCUUCAGUUACGUGUAAGCUAUCAAAUUGGCAAAAAGAAGUUGAAUCUUGAGCGCUUAAUACCGUGGAAACAAAAGAAACUUCAAAACAACUAACAAUGAAAUAGUUUUUGUUUGACUGUAGAUGUAGUUCGAAGCCAAUCCUGCUUAACUGAGGCUCUUUCUAGAGGUGCGUAUACAAACUCGGGAGUCAGACCUUGAUAUCAGAUAGUGCCGGAAAGCCUUUGUACAGUAUUCAUACUAAACUUUCAAUUCGAGAUUAAAAUAGUCGCCGAUUCUUGGAGUGUCUUCCGAAAUUUUUAAGUGGAAGCAGCGGAGUUGCGAAGCUGGCGACGGAACGUUAUGAAAAUUUUCCCAACACGCUGCUCCAUCUAAUUGUUGAUUUACUCAGUCUAUUGAAGAUUUUUCCUUUCACAGGCUAAAGAACGACAUGAAUAAAAUUUACUGGCAAUGAGUGAUAAAACAAAACGGAUGAAGGAUGGAAAAUACAACUGAUAACUAUCGUAGAAUUCCACCGCGGAGCAAAUUUAAUGACGAAGAAUCAACUGCAGUGUUAAGGCUGAUUAUUGAGCAAGAAAGACUGCUUAAAACUCCAGCAAAUCCGGUUCUGAAUAUUAACAGUGACAAGCUGAAAAGACUCCCUCCACUGAAUGGCAAAAUGCUGGAUUCUUUGGAUCAAUUUGACCCACACAGGAGCCAGCGAAAACACAGGCCGGGGGACGACAUUGUUCUGAGCAGGCCGACGCUUUUGAAAGGAAAGGAAUGUCGUGCGCUCGAGGAACCUGCAUCACUCGGCGGCAAGCCAAAAGUUCCAGACAUAUACAGCACGCCAAAAAUCGCUCGGCCUCGAGAUCGCGAGAGGCCACGCGCGUCGUACGGACGUGUAGCUCCGAGUCGUAGCAGUAGCACGGAAACGAACCCGCGCAUCCGCUCGAGAAGCACGGGGGAAUGUAACGAGUUGAUUUUUUCGGCGACUGAGGACGCUUUGGAAAGACCGACAAAUCCUACUCCAUUAGAAAACGAAGAUGACUUUAAAAAUGAUCAAGAAUUUGCAUCCAGAACUUCAUGUAGCCGAAGCGAAUGUUAUGAUAGUGACGAAGAUAAGGUAAACGCAGAGCGAGUCUACGCUUCUUACAUCAAUUAAAAGAUGCAAAAUGCGGUUCUCUUAAUCAUGGAGCAGACACCAUGCGAACGGAAUAAUUUUAGGGUUGGUUUCACUUUGCCUCCUUUUAACCUGGUGACAAACUAUCAUGAGUAAGCGAAUAUAUUGACAUAGUGGAGGACACAGAUUCGGAUUGGAAAGUGAACUAACGCCAAGUCUGAUGCCGAAAAAAGUUCAGAAAAACCGUCUCGCUAGUACAUUUAAGAAUCAAUAUAGUCUCUAAAGCUAAACUUAAAAUAUUUCGGAGCCAGAGAUGGCAAUACAUAAAAAAGGACCAUGUCUUCAAUUAGCUAAGAUAUCUUUUUCUCGAUGUGACAAGUUUUACAAACCAAACGCUCGUGAUUCAAAAAAUUGUAAUUUCUGGGUACAACCUCUAUAUCCCGCAGUUCGUAAUUAUUUUUGUUAUUUCCAAAGCAAAUAAAGUUUAUAGGAGAUACUCGAGACAGUUUCGGCUUGCUAGAGGAUACAAUUAAAAAGGGGAGUCAAAUGCGGAUACUUUCGCCUGUGCCGGUAGGCAUUCUGGCGGAUAUUGAGAAAAAUAAGCUUUUUCACUUUGGUCCGCUUUAGAUGAGAUAUCACAAAUUAAUUCACAAUCAUGACAAAGGUGGAACUCUGCAGGAAAGAACUGCAACCUCCCCUGUCGCUGAAGAACAAUUUAAUGCCUCUCAUUAUUAUGACAACCGCGAAACAACAAAGAUUGAAAGCGAGACAGAAACUUUAAUCUGUAAGCUGGUCCAGCUCGGCGCUUCAACGCAGUCAGCGUGCGCCAUUAAAAACUUUUCUUACAUUUUACCACUUGUAUUAAAUAUAUUCCUUUAGCGGGGAGGACUAAAAUAUUUACAUGAGAAACUUACAAAAGGGCUGCAGAAAAUUUCAUAAGAGAGGUAUAUGAAUGCAAAAAUACGCCCGUAAGCAACUUAAAAUGAAAAUAAAUGAAAAAUCAUAUUUAA